AGUCUACGUCAUUGAGUAUCUGUUGUUCAGUGGAACACCCAGGUCUAGCUAGCUAACGACUCUGGCUCUUUACCUUUCUAUCUGUAUUACUAAAGGGCUUUUGAUUAUAUUUUGAUAACUUUGUACAUCAUGAGCAAUAGAUACGCAUCCGAUAAAACCAUACUGAGAGGCUGUUUCUACUUUUUGUUUUUGUUGCUGAUACACAGUGUGUCCCUGGAGAAUGUCCAUGUUGUUGCCAUUAUAGGCAGUACCGUGAUUUUGCCAUGUUCAAACAAUGAUAAACAUGAAUCUACAGUGGUCUUUUGGAGAUACAAUGACAGUAAAGUUGUGCUUGACAUAAAUGGUGGCAGUGUCUCUCUUGAGAACCAGGAGGUGGUGUACAGUGGCAGGGUGGACAGUUUCCCAGAGGAGUACAUGAAGAAAGGCAACUUCUCCAUCAAACUCAGAGAUGUGAAGCUCUCUGAUGCAGGAACAUACUCCUGCUUCAUGCCUCAAGUUGGAGUGCACACAAAACUAGAUCUGAUUGUUAAAGAACGCGAGUCUUCAGAUUGGAGUGAUCGUGCAGGAAACGGUGAUGUCAGAGGAAGGUCCAACAGCGUUUUGCUUUUGUUCACAUCUCUGCUGGGAUUCAUUGUUCUGCACCCUUGAACCUACAAAUAGUUUGGAUUCUGUGAUGAGGAUUGUAGAUGCAAUGAUUUACAGAAGCUCAUUUGUGUGUACAGACUGUCUGUCGUUCCUAGAUCUUCCUAAAUUCAAGACACACUACAUAGAAAUAAAGUGCAGGCUCUGGAAUUAAUUGAAGAGAA